UCAACUAGAGAAUCAGUAGCUAGCUGUCUAUGGUAGCUAGCUAGCACUGUGCUAAAUUUGAUUUAAUUCAAUAGAAACGUGUUGUCAUAAACAUCGUUAAUUGCAACCAGUAGGUCCUACUAAGAAGAACAGGAAAUGUCUACCAGCUCAGGUGAGAUUUCAGCUGAGAAGACGCAGGAGGAUGUAUCAGCUUCAACAGCUGUGGAAAAGUCGCCUGAGGAUGACGAUGAACCAUAUGAUGAUGACAACUACUACUGUGAGAAAUGCCAGUGCUGCUUCUGGAGUCAGUGUGAAGUCCACGGUCCCCCAGUCUUCGCCCUGGACUUCCCCUGCUCGGUUGGGACCCCUCAGAGAGCUCUCCUCACUUUGCCUGCUGGCCUGGUCGUUGGGAGGUCACGGGUCAAGGAGAGCAGCCUGGGGAUUUUCAACCAGGGGCAGGUGGUGCCGGUCGGAAUGCAUUUCGGGCCAUACAGUGGUGAAACGACCUCUGAGGAGGAGGCUCUGAAGAGUGUCUACUCCUGGGUGAUUGUUAGGGGGAAAAAACACUACGAGUUCAUUGAUGCUACAAGAGACACUCACUCCAACUGGAUGAGGUAUGUGAUGUGUUCCCGUAGCAACCGCGAGCAGAACCUGGUUGCAUUCCAGCAGGGUGGUCGAGUGCUGUUCCGCUGUUGCGCCCCCAUCAGGCCAGGCGAGGAGCUGCUGGUGUGGUAUGCUGAGGAGUACGCCAGGGGCCUGGGGCUGACCUGGGAUCAGCUGUGGCACCACAAACGCUCAUCCACCUACACUAACACAGGUGACCACAAACGCUCAUCCACCUACACUAACACAGAUAAUGGUUCCUCUCUGACGCUGCCUUGCCCCUACUGCCAGUUUUCCUUCCCUGCCAAAUCCUACCUGCAAACGCACGUCAGGCGCUCGCAUGCAGAGCAGUACCAGAACUUUCUGGAGACCCAUCCUGUCGAGUCCGAGUUCGAAGAGGUGGACCCACGCCUGGACCUGGAUAUCUGCCUACUGGGCUCAGAUGUACCGCCUUCUUCCCAGAUGGAGCCAACCACAGGCACUGGCCAACAGGGAAGUGAAUCCCUGAUUGGACGAGCUCCCUGUCAGUCGGAAACAUCUGACCAAUCCCAACCAUCGAAUGGCCUGAGGUGCUGGAAAAGGAUGAGUGACUCUGAUUGGUCUAAAGACACGUCAUCGGCGUCAAUGUCCAUCAAUGACAAGGGCCACAGUUGCCCUCGCUGUGGGCGAACGUUUGCGAGGGCAUACCACCUCAAGCGCCACGUGAACUCCGUCCACGAUCCAGACAAACUCUACUGGUACAGGAAGAGGAAGUCCUCCAACCCCCGCAAGCACCUGCCGAACCCGGAAACAGAGACAGAGGAGGAGGACGACGAGGAAGAGGAGGCGGAGGAGAGAGCAGGGGCUGAUGGGGAUGAGGCGAGGGCGCCCAUGGAGGUCUACCCGUGUGCCCGCUGCUUCAUCGCCUUCAUGAGCCUGCAGAGUCUGCAGGAGCACAUGGAGCUGCAGCACGCACAGGGUCAGGGUCAAAGGUCAGACGCCACUGAGGAACCGGGCGAUCCGUCAGACCCACCGUACGAGCCUCCCGUUCGCAAACACAACACGAGGAGAGGCCCUGUCCAAGCGCCCGCCCAGAAGAGAGGGAGGGGGAGGCCACGCACCAGAACCCUCGGACCGACCCGACCGACCCAGCCCAAACAGAAGCGUCCGCAGAAGGUCCAGCAGGGCGAUGGCGACAGCGAGCCUCCACCUGGCGCCCAAACGUUCAUCUGCAGCCAGUGCGGAGAGGUGUGUGGCGACGGUGUCACUGCUACGUCUCAUGGCUGCCGCGCCCAGACGCCAGCGGCGCCGCCGCUGCCCCAGCAUGGCACGGACACACAGCUGACGUGCGGCGAGUGCCAGGGCAUGUUUGCGGACGCGGCGUCGCUGCGGUCCCACGGCUGCGUGCAGGUCGGCGAGGGCCCCUACAGCUGCGCCCAGUGCAGCCUGCGCUUCAGCCAGCCGUCCAACUUGCGCCGCCACCAGCGCUCCGUCCACGCCAUGGUCAAGCCCUACUGCUGCGGCCCGUGCGGAAAGUUCUACACGCAGGCCAGCGGCCUCCGCCGUCACCAGGAGGGACGCCAGCACAAGGGACGACGGACGGCCUGUGCCAAAGCUAACGCUAAUGCUAACGCUAGCGCUAAUGCUAGCACCGCCGUCACGCCAAUCAUCACCACCGCCGCCACCAUCUACUCCUGCUCCUACUGCCAGUUCUCCUUCACCGCACAGCGCUACCUGCACAAGCACGUGAAGCGGCACCACCCGGCAGAGUUCAUCCAGGCGCAGGAAGGCAGUGAGGGGGAGGGCGGGGAGGUGGGCGACGGGUUGGGUGACGCGGAGGAGUUGGCGCGGAUAUCCCAGAGCUGCCCCCAGUGCGAGAAGACCUUCUUCAGCGUCAAGGGCUUCAAGUCACACCACUGUUUCCGCCGCGGCAAGCGCGCCUGCCCGUGCCACGUGUGCGGCAAGCGCUUCAGCAACGUCUACAGCCUGCGGCAGCACGAGCGGACGCACACGGGCGAGAGGCCCUACGCGUGCCCGCACUGCCCCAAGAGUUUCGCCGUCUACGGCCAGCUCAACGUGCACCUGCGCACGCACACCGGCGAGCGGCCCUACCUGUGCGCGCAGUGCGGCGAGGGCUUCCGCCAGUCCGGCGAUCUCAAGCGGCACGAGCAGAAGCACCUGGGCGUGCGGCCGCACGCGUGCCCGCAGUGCCCCAAGAGCUUCAGCCGGCCGCAGAGCCUCCGCGCACACCUGCAGAUCCACAGCGGCAUGCGGCUCUUCCACUGCACGCAGUGCAGCAAGGCCUUCACGCGCAAGUACCACCUCACCAGGCACCUCCACAAGAUGCACUCCUCCUGAGACGCGCUGCAAGGCCUUCACGCGCAAGUACCACCUCACCAGGCACCUCCACAAGAUGCACUCCUCCUGAGACGCGCUGCAAGGCCUUCACGCGCAAGUACCACCUCACCAGGCACCUCCACAAGAUGCACUCCUCCUGAGACGCGCUGCAAGGCCUUCAUGCAUGGAGAACAAUUCACGCAACACCCUCCACAGGACGCUGUCCUGAAAGGAAUGAGAGGGUGGCAGCAGAAAUGAUCUGUCUCAGAUAGAUAGUCUGAGUGGUGGCAGAAGUGAAGGUGAUUAUUCAUGACUAAUUGGCUUGAGAUGCUCUAAGAGUCGUCACCAUCUCACCAAACACCACCACACAAUGCUGUCCUUGAGAACAGGGUCAUUCAAAGGCGGACACACUGACACAGGACCGGGCCAGACUUUGACCUUGGGUUCAGUGGAGCCCAGCCUGAUGAGUAAAUGAUGAUUAUAUCAUCACAAAACAGAACUAUAUUAACAUGUAUAAAUAAUUAUAGCCUUAUAGUAAUGAUACCCCAUCACAAUGAUACAAUCAGUAAUGCAAUAACUGAAUGAGCAGAUUAUUGAAUGGCAACGUCUAUUAGUUAUCAAAGUUUUAAGCAUUAAGCAUAUGGGAUUGCAAUUUGCGCCAUCUUUUACCAAAAGUGUAUUUGCACUGUGAGAAGUUUUUUUUUUAAAAAGUGUUUCGGAUUUGGUUUCCUGCUGUGCGGGCCUGCUGGAAAAAAGAAGGCCCCGGCUGUGACAAUCAGUGUAGGACAGAGACUUUUUAUCUUCUAUCCUAGACGUCCUAUGUCUAUGAACACACAAGGAUUCAUAUAUGUCAUCGCCUGAACCUCACAUUACUAACAAGACUCAUGUCACUUGUUAACAGUAAUAGAUAAUAGUCAGUGUGUAUCAGACUGACUUAACAGUCAGAAAAUGUGUAUUACAUGUUUUCUCAUGCUUGCUGAAAGAUGUCCAGGUUUACUAUGACCUGUUCAGUUGUAUGUUUCCAGACACAAAUAGAAAUGAGCUUUCAGUAUCUUGUUAUAUGAAGCACAAACAUACAGUAAGUAGGAUUCACAGGAAUACAAAUUAACCUUCAGUCUAGUUGAGGACAAUUAAUUACAGUGAUGUUAAUUAAAAUGAUUGUCAAAUG